AUGGGGCACCCCAAGGUGAAGGACCAGCAGGGACAAGCACCCGGGGUGCAGAGCCAGCUCGGGUCUGGGAGUCCCGCUAAGGAAGUAUGCCGGGUGUUGGUCACACCCCAGUGGACCCAAAGGACCCCUUCUCAGGACCCCCCAGCGCCCAGCAGUGUGGCCCCAGGGCCGGGCCUGCUGCAGGCGGAUGGGCACCGGGCAGGGCCACCUCGGAGCUUCGCCUCAGCAAGCGCCACCCUGGAGCCCCGGAUUGUGAUGGGGGAGGAGACGUGCCAGGCACCCCCACUACCCUGGGCAGCCCCACCACAGCUCAGGGACCCGGAGGGGGGGCCUGCCAGCCUGCACUCCCCCGCAUCGUGUUCUCGGGGUGACCCUCCUGUGCCUUUUUCUGCCCCAGACCCCGAUUCCUAUUUCACGCCUCCGUCCACUCCCAGCGAGACCCCUGCCUUGCUCCCCAGCUCCGGGCCCUGCAGGGACGCCCAAGCUGAGGCCAGGCCCGUGGGGGACUCACCGCCCACCUCACCCUCGGGCUCCUACGUCACCGCGGACACAGAAAGCUGGGCCUCGUCCCCGUCCCCUUCCUGCUCUCUGAGCCUGGCUCCCGAGGAAGGGCUAGGGGUGCCCUCGGGCCGCGGCUUCUCCCCACCCGGUUCUGAGACCCUGGAGCAGGACUGGCCCCCCGCAGGGUCCCCGGGGUCCUCGUCCCCUGAGUCCAGCCUCUCCACGGACAGCAGCUCCUCCUGGGACCAGGAGGGCCACUUCUUCGACCUGGAUGUCCUGGCCCAGGACCCAAUGAUCCCGGCCGCCCUCCUGCCGUUCCGGGGCAGCCUGCUCUUCCAGGUGGAGGCGGUGGAGGUGACGCCCCUGUCCCCCGAGGAGCAGCAGGAGCAGGAGCCAGAGGCUCCGGCCGCCGACGGGGACGGGGCCAGCGAGGACAAGGACAACAGCACCUUCGCCUCCUCCCUGCAGUCACUGUCCGACCUGUCGGUCACCGAGGGCGUGGACGAGGCCUUCGCCUUCUGGGACGACACCUCUGCCGCCUCCUCGGACCCCGACUCGGCCUCCUACCCUGGAGCAGAUGACGAGAGACUGUACAGCGGGGAGCCCCACGCGCAGCCCACCGCCGCCCUGCAGGACGGCCCCGUGGUCUCCGAGGGAGACGUGGGCACAUUGACUGAGCCCCAGACCACGCAGGGGGCGGGCAGGGCACCCAGCCCAGUCGCUCUGCAGGCCCCAAAGGCAGAUGCAGGUGGGGCCCCAGGGACCGAGCCCAUGGCCUCCACGGCCCAGGGGGCAGCUCGGGGGAAGGACAUGGGCUGCACUGAAGACCUGAAGCCUCCGGACCUGGACCAGACGAACGAGGGUGGCCGGGAGCUCGCUGCAGAUGCGGGGACACCCUGGGCCUCACGUGGAGAUGCAGGCCCCCCCAAGCCUGCCUUGGAAACCCCAGACACCCCUGAGCCCACCACGGAGGCCCAAGACAGACCUGAACUCACCUCAGAGGCUCCUGACUCCGCAAAGAUCCCAGACGCCCCCACUUUCACCCCAGAGAUCCUGGAGCCCACUGCGAAGAUCCCAGACCACCCAUACACCCCCACAGAGGUACUGGGACCCCCAGGCCUCUCCAAGGAAGCCUUGGGCCCCCCUGAGCCUGCCUCCGAAACCCCGGACCCCCCUGAGCCUGCCUCAGAGACCCCGGACCCCCCUGAGCCUGCCUCUGAGACCCCGGACCCCCCUGAGCCUGCCUCUGAGACCCCGGACCCCCCUGAGCCUGCCUCCGAGGACCCGGAUCCCCCUGAGCCUGCCUCCAAGACCCUGGACCCCCCAGAGGAUGUUUUGGAGGCCCCGGACCCCCCCGAGCCUGCUGCAGAGACCGUGGACCCCCUUGAGGAUGCCUCGAAGACCCCGGACCCCCCUGAGGAUGCCUCCGAGACCCCGGGCCCCCCCGAGCCUGCUGCAGAGACUGCGGACCCCCCUGAGCCUGCUACAGAGACCGCGGACCCUCCUGAGCCUGCUGCAGAGACCGCAGACCCCCCUGAGCCUGCUACAGAGACCCCGGGCCCCCCCGAGCCUGCUGCAGAGACUGCGGACCCCCCUGAGCCUGCCUCCAGUGGAGAGGAAAUAGCCAAAGGCCUGCUGGCGGGCGACAGGGGGGCCCACCUGCCUGCCGGUGUGGGAACGGAGGCCCCCGGGGCAGGAAACCAGGGGGACGGAGGCUUGGAGCCAGCACCCCAGGGCGCUGGGAAGGCUCCUGGGAGCGGCUGCCCCGAGGGUGGGCGGGUGCAGGCCCAGAAACCAACAGAGGGCGGAGGGGGCCCCCUGGGGCCCAGGCUUCUGUCGGCUGUGGCUUCCGAGUCUCCAUCAAGGGCUGUGCCCAGGGCGGGGAGCAGCCGCCCCGAGGAGCCCACCCCCACGUCUUCACCACCCUCCUCCAGGCGGGAGCGGUCGUCGGGGGAGCCAGAGGAGCAGGACCUCUCGGGACCCCAGGCCCCUCAGGGCCCAGCCCAGGCUGCAGCCAGUGGCACCGAGGAGGCUGCAGCCAAAGCCAAGCAGAGCCGCAGCGAGAAGAAAGCCCGGAAGGCCAUGUCCAAGCUGGGCCUGAGGCAGGUGCAGGGCGUCACCCGCAUCACCAUCCACAAGUCCAAGAACAUCCUCUUCGUCAUCGCCAAGCCCGACGUGUUCAAGAGCCCGGCCUCCGACACCUACGUGGUCUUCGGGGAGGCCAAGGCCAGCAGCGGGGCAGGGGGCGGGGCCCAGCGGCUCUGGCUGGGCAGGGGCAGCCCAGGCCUCCUGUGCCCCCAGGUGGACGAGGCGGGCCUGGAGCUGCGGGACAUUGAGCUGGUGAUGGCGCAGGCCAACGUGUCCAGGGCCAAGGCCGUGCGGGCGCUGAGGGACAACCAGAGUGACAUCGUCAACGCCAUCAUGGAGCUGACCAUGUAGCCACUGGCCAGCCGGCCCCCCACCCCCAGCACUGCUGCUCAGCAAACUUCCACCCCUGCCCCGCGGCCCUCAGCCAAGCGGGUGAGGCAGGACCUCCCGGAGCCCACACCCAGGACUGUGGUCCCGCCCCAUGUCCUCCCCUGUGGGGUGGGGCCUCCAUCCCUCUGUUCUGGGGUGCCCAGUGGUCCCCAAGAUUAUAGGCAGUCUGGUCACUUGGCUGUGGGCAAGGGGUGGGCCAGGGGACUGGGGUUCCAUAAGAACACCAAGCCUCGGGCAGUUCCCACAGGAGGGGGUUCCCACAGGAGCUUCGGGAAGGAGACGCUACAGGAAGGCGGCCCUGGCUCCUGGUGGCCUAGCUCCCAGGGUCACCGUCCUCGCCACACCCUCCCCUCCAGACAGAACACGGGGACCCUGAGUGGGGUUCCCAUCCCAGCACAGGGGGUACCGGUGCCAGGAUAAGAGGGUGGGGCACCCUGAGCAGAGGAGAGGCUCCUGACUCCAUAAAGCGCAGGGUUCACUGCGCAGGUGGGGCUGCAGCCUCUGGGCUGGCUCCCUGCUCGCACCAUCAGGGUUUGUGGAGCAGAGGCACCUGGGAGGGGGUGGCCGGGCUUCCCCACACCUCUGUGCAGUCUCCAGGCUCCCCUGGGGUCACCCCACUGCCUCCCGCACUCAAAGGGCACGGAUGGGGGGCUGAAGCCCAGGGGCCGGGAUGGAGGGAUAAGGGGGACACGUUUGCUGUGGGCCUUGGGGGCCUGAGCGAGAGGCCGUGCCCCUUGGCGCCUGGUGCCCACGUCCCUGCAGCGAGGGCCUGACCUUCACAUCCGCAGGCGCCCGGGACCCCUGUUCCCGGCCCCACUUCCUGG